AUCCUCUUCGUUAGCUCUUCGUGAUACAUGGCACUGGUGGAGAAGAACCAGGCUGCUGCCGUCCAGGACUGUUCGCAGACACGACUAUCUUCAGCGAACCCAGACGUUCCCUUUGAGUCCGUGUCCAUUACAGACAAGCUCACUCAUCAUGCAACCCGCUGCAGCACCCCGCCUAAGCAUUCCGCGUUCAACAAAUUCAUCCUCUACGAGAAUAAAUUGCGCUUCUAUAUCAUCAUAUCCAACGCGUCUGAUUCGAGACACCGUAUUGUGAAAAUUGACAGGACCUCCCAGAACGACCUGAAUGUCAUCGAGGACGAAACUGACUACAGUGGAAGGCAAAUGAGCGCUAUGAUUAAGAUGUUGGACGACGGAAACAGGGCGUCUGGUGGCAUUGGAAAGGCGAGGAUCAUCUUUGGCGUUGCGGGGUUCGUCAAAUUUACAGCCGGUUGGUAUAUGAUCGUCAUAUCCAAACGUUCAUCUGUUGCCCUGCUCGGCGGACAUUAUCUCUACCACUGCGAGAGCACAGAAAUUAUACCCGUAUGCUUCAACAACAAGGUGGACAAACCGACGGAAGAACAGCGUCUACUCAGCGUCUUCAAGCAAGUGGACAUGUCCAAAAACUUUUACUUCAGCUAUUCGUAUGAUGUCACCUCUACGUUGCAGCUGAAUCUCACGAAACCAAACCGCUUCGAGAAAUCGAAGUGGUGGUUCAACGACCGUUACGUUUGGAAUUUCCACAUGCUGUCCCUUCCUUUCAAUGACCAAUCUCCUCGAGGCGGACAAGCAUGGCUCAUCCCCCUCAUACAUGGUCAUGUAGAUCAAGCAAAACUCAACAUACUUAGCCGCGUCGUCUUUGUGACUCUGAUCGCUCGUCGGUCUCGCCACUAUGCCGGGGCCCGAUACCUUACCCGAGGCGUCAAUGAAGAGGGCAACGUCGCGAACGAAGUUGAGACGGAGCAGAUAGUUUCGGAGGCACUGACAACGCCAUUCUAUGUCCCGUCAUCUGAACAUCCAUCACGACGGCAACCUAGCCCACACUACACAAGUUAUGUACAGUAUCGCGGGAGCAUCCCUAUAUACUGGACCCAAGACAUGACUAGCAUGAGUCCUCGGCCGCCAAUAGAGAUUAGCGUUGUCGACCCCUUCUAUACCGCGGCAUCCCGCCACUUCAAUAACCUUUUUGCGCGUUACGGUACCCCAAUCAUCAUCCUCAACCUGAUAAAGAGACGAGAACCAGUUCCAAGAGAGUCCAAAUUAUUGGACGAGUACACUCAAUGCGUGCGUUAUCUGAACCAAUUUCUCCCGGAAGGCAAGAAGAUGGUAUAUCGUGCUUGGGACAUGUCCCGUGCAUAUAAGGAGAAGACGCAAGACGUCAUUAGCUACCUAGAAGACCUGGCUGAGGAAUCGAUACAAAUGACAGGUUUCUUCCAUACGGGCUCCGAACCCUAUUCCCACCAUCUUCAGAACUGUUGGUCGGAGGAUGAACAACAUCGUCCCGCUGGGCGCAACGACAUUCUGCUCCAAAACGGUAUAUGUCGUACCAACUGCGUCGACUGCUUGGAUCGCACGAAUGCUGCACAGUUCGUAUUCGGAAAGCGAGCUUUUGGGCACCAGUUGUAUGCGCUUGGCGUGGUCAGAAACCCAAACCUUCCAUUCGAUUCCGUUGCUGUCAAUAUGUUGACCGAGAUGUAUCAUGACCAUGGAGAUACAAUUGCUUUGCAGUACACGGGCAGCGCACUUGUUAACAGGGUUGAAACCUAUCGGCGACUACCGCACUGGAAUAGUCAUUCGCGUGACAUCAUUGAAAACAUACGGCGCUUUUAUGCAAACUCUCUACUCGAUGCUGAUAAACAAAUGGCCAUUAACCUUUUCCUCGGCGUUCAAGGUGAACGCCACUCACAAGCAAUUCGAGCAAGGGGAAAAUACCAAGAAUGGUUUGACACUGGAAACCUGAGGACCCUGUAUCCUCUGGAUGAAUCUACCAAAUCUCUGAGCGACUUUGUCGAACAGCGAGGUGACUUCUGGUCGGAGUACUAUCGGCCCUUAUUGUUCACUUCGCUCGAAAAGCAUUUCGCGUGCUGCAUGAGUACGCCACCAGGGAAGUUCAUCAAGGGAGUGUCAUACAGCCCUUUCUUGCCAAGUAGCAUGCAUGUCGUACACCAACCCAGGCUCGUAACAGGCGUCAAGCGUUGGAUGGGCACGCAUCCUUCGUCGCACAAUGAGAAGCUACGAAGGAAAGCAUUGCCUGCGGAUACAGCAGACAAAUCCCAGCUAUUGCAUAAGAACGAUCUACCUCAGUCCAGCGGAGUCUUUGCGUCACAUCUUCUUGACCCGAAGGUUCCCUCAGAAGAGCUUUCCGAAUACCAUAGAUAUAUCGACCACUCUCAACUGAUGCUAGAUGCAAUGCAUGACGAAGCAGAAUACAUGGACCAAUUGCACUACAUGAGAUUUGUUGAGAAGAGUUCAGGAAGGGGUGAUCUAGCACUUGCCGACGGAGCUUUGGAAUCGUACAUAGCCCAUGUCCGAUCUACUGCCCUGGACGCUGGCUCUCUAGAGGAUAGUAGCACACUCUCAAGUAUGUACGAUUACGACCAGUGGCUCUCUGGCGUAGACUUUGCUUAAUUCUUAACAUAUGCC